CAGUUUAGCCCAGCUGAAAAUAUCCAUCUAGAUCCCAGAAAAUAAUGAGGAUCUAGUGGGACAACUGAAACAAAAAGUACCAUCAUUGCAGAAGAAGAAGAAGAAGAAGAGUUGGUGGUUUCAUUAUGAAGUUCUAUAUUCCUUUUUUACUCUGCUUCAUCAUCUACUGUUUCAUUGCUGGUUGCAAUCAUUGUUUUGCUGCACAAGUGGCUGAUCAGAAAGAUGAAGUUUCAGCUUUGUUGUCAAUUAAAGCUGGCUUCAUCGAUCCAUUGGAUCAUCUUCAGGAUUGGAAAGUUGCAGAUUCAUCAUCAGCAGCUGCUCACUGCAAUUGGACCGGAGUGCAAUGCAACUCCAAUGGUGCUGUACAGAAGCUUGAUCUUUCUCACAUGAAUCUAUCCGGGAUUGUUUCAGAUGAUAUCCAAAUUCUGCAGAGUUUAACUUCUCUCAACUUAUGUGGAAAUGGGUUCAAUUCACCAUUGCCAAAGUCUUUGACAAACCUCAUUGGGUUAGUCAGCAUUGAUCUGAGCCAGAACAAUUUUGUUGAUGGAUUUCCUGCUGGUCUUGGAAGGGCAGCUGGAUUGCUGACAUUGAACAUUUCCAGCAACAACUUCUCAGGCUCUCUUCCUGAGGAUUUUGGGAAUCUAACAACCCUCGAGACGUUAGAUCUUCGAGGGAAUUUCUUCGAAGGUUCGAUUCCUAUAUCUUACAAGAACUUGGGGAAAUUGAAGUUUCUUGGCCUGUCAGGAAACAAUCUUUCUGGGCAGUUGCCGCCUGAGCUUGGAGAGCUUUCCUCAUUGGAGACAAUUGUCAUUGGUUACAAUGAUUUUCAUGGUGGAAUUCCAGCAGAGUUUGGAAACAUGACCAGUCUCAAGUACCUUGAUCUGGCAGUUGGAAAUCUUGGUGGUCAAAUUCCAGAGGAGUUAGGGAAGCUACCAAAGCUGGAGACAAUGUUCUUGUACAACAACAAUUUUGAAGGAAAAAUUCCAUCUUCAGUUGGCAACAUCAGUUCAUUGUUGCAGCUGGAUUUAUCUGAUAACAUGUUAACAGGGGAAAUUCCAUCUGAGAUAUCUAAUCUGAGGAAUCUUCAGCUCCUGAAUCUGAUGUGCAAUCAACUGUCUGGUUCAAUUCCAGCAGGCCUUGCAGAUUUGACAGAACUUUCUGUGUUUGAGUUGUGGAAUAACACUCUAUCAGGUCCACUUCCGGUUGAUCUCGGCCGGAAUUCCCCACUUCAAUGGUUGGAUAUCUCUUCCAAUUCAUUUUCUGGUUCAAUUCCAGAUACUUUGUGCAGUAAAGGUAACCUAACUAAGCUCAUCUUGUUCAGUAAUGCAUUCUCUGGUCCAAUUCCAACUACCCUUUCAUCCUGCAUGUCCCUUGUUCGUGUGAGAAUGCAUAAUAAUCUUCUGUCUGGAACAAUUCCAGUUGGCUUUGGUAAACUUGAUAAACUUCAGAGACUUGAACUUGCAAAUAAUAGUCUCACAGGACAAAUCCCUAGUGAUAUUUCUUUGUCUACUUCUCUUUCUUUCAUUGAUUUGUCCAAAAACCAUCUUCAGUCUUCCCUUCCUUCCUCCAUUCUUUCUAUUUCCAAUCUUCAGAGCUUAAUAGUUUCAGGCAACAAAUUAGUAGGCCAAAUCCCAGAUCAGUUCCAGGACUGCCCAUCACUUUCUGUUUUAGAUCUCUCCUCUAACCAUUUCACUGGAAACAUUCCUGCCAGUAUUGCUUCCUGUGAGAAAUUGGUAACCUUAAACCUCAGAGGAAACCAAUUGACUGGUACAAUCCCAAGAGAAAUUGCAAAGAUGCCCACAUUGGCAGUUCUUGAUCUAUCUAACAAUUCUUUGACUGGAGGGAUACCCGAAAAUAUUGGGAACUCCCCUGCUUUGGAAACACUGAAUGUUUCUUACAACAGGUUAGAAGGUCCUGUCCCGUCAAAUGGUAUGCUUAGAACUAUCAACCCGGAUGAUCUUGUUGGCAAUGCCGGUCUCUGUGGCGGUGUUCUUCCUCCGUGUUCCCACAGUGCAGCAUACACGGCGAAACAGAACUUGCACGCAAAACACAUCAUUUACGGAUGGCUAAUUGGGACUGCAGCCCUGCUAGCUCUGGUUUUAGCAGGUCUGGGGGCUCGAACUUUGUAUCAAAGGUGGUAUGAAGAUGGAAGCUGUUUCAAGGAAAGAUUUGAAGUACACAGCAGCAGUGACUGGCCCUGGAGGCUUAAGGCCUUUCAGAGACUUGGAUUCAACAGCAAUGAUCUACUGGCUUGCAUUAAGGAAUCAAAUGUGAUCGGAAUGGGAGCUACCGGAUUAGUUUAUAAAGCAGAAAUCCCAAGGCAAAACACUGUUGUGGCGGUAAAGAAACUGUGGAGAGCAGGAACAGAUGUUGAGAUGGGAAGCAGUGAUGAUCUUGUCGGCGAAGUGAAUGUCCUAGGGAAGUUGAGGCACAGAAACAUUGUUAGAUUACUGGGAUUGCUUCACAAUGACACUGAGGCAAUGAUUGUUUAUGAAUACAUGCAAAAUGGCAGCCUUUGGGAUGCUUUGCAUGGAAAACAAGCCGGUAAAUUGCUUGUUGAUUGGGUUUCUCGAUAUAAUAUAGCUCUUGGUGUUGCACAAGGGCUUGCAUAUCUCCACCAUGAUUGCCACCCUCCUGUGAUCCAUCGCGACGUCAAGUCAAACAACAUUCUCUUGGAUGCAAAUCUGGAAGCAAGAAUUGCAGAUUUCGGGCUUGCAAAGAUGAUGGUGAAAAAGAAUGAAACUGUUUCAAUGGUUGCUGGAUCCUAUGGCUACAUUGCCCCAGAGUAUGGUUAUACAUUGAAAGUCGAUGAGAAGAGUGACAUCUACAGCUAUGGAGUCGUCCUUAUGGAACUUCUCACUGGCAGAAAGCCAUUAGAUCCAGAAUUUGGAGAAUCUGUUGACAUUGUGGAGUGGAUACGGCUGAAGAUCCGAGACAACAAAUCGUUGGAAACAACAUUAGACCCUUCAGUGGGAAGUACAAAACAUGUUCAAGAAGAAAUGCUUCUGGUCCUAAGAAUUGCAAUUCUUUGUACAGCCAAGCUUCCCAAGGACAGGCCUUCCAUGAGGGAUGUCAUAACAAUGCUUGGAGAGGCAAAGCCUCGAAGGAAAGGUACAAGCAACCUUGGCAAUGAUGUCACUAACAAAGAUAACCCAGUAUUUAGCACAGCACCUGUAAAUGGUAUCCUGUAAGAACAUGCCAGGACCUAUAGCAGCCUUAGUUGUUUAUUUGUAUUUAACAAAUUUCAUUCUUCUUGAUUAGGGGAUGUUAAAUCCUGCAAAUGAUGUAAUUCUUUUUUGUAACCAGAGGCUCACAUUUACAAUUUGUGUACAUUAGAACAAUGUAAUCUUUCCACAUUAAUGACAUCUUAAGUGCAAAUUUAGCAUCUGUGCUUACACAGCUGAUGUUCUGAGUUUACAUCCUAUCGGCACAAGUGAAAUUAUACUUCCUGAACUCUGAAACCUGACAGAUUGACUAUAUUGAAGAAAGUUGCAGAUAGAUCAAUCAGAAGAGAAAUAUCGAUCUUCCGGUUUUUUCAUAUCUAUAAGCAGCUUUUAGCAAAACUAGUUCUUCAUGAAUCAAUAACACAGACAAGCAAAUAGGGGGAAGGAAGCAGGUAAUCACUGUGGAGAGAACAAGUACAAAAAGAAUGUGGAAACUUGCUUUUGAUUAACAAAGAGAUUUGUAUUUCGUGGAAACAUCUACCCACUAUGCACUUCAAUACUUACAAGAUCCAAGGGCAACUUCCAGAUAGUAUGCCCGAGGUCAUUACACGAACCGUAUGUUUCUAUCUUCAGACAAAAUGGCUCUUCCGAGUCAGUAUUCGCAAAGUUGAAAACCGUAUAAAAAGAAGCAGCCAUCAAAACUGACCAGCCAGGCCAAAUUAAGCACCAAGAAGGCUACUUGUACAAAACUAGUUUUACCACCCAACUCCUGAGUUAUCCUUUACUACUCCAUCCAUCAAACCAAGCAACUCCACAAAUACUCAAUAUAGAUAGCUAUGUCCAAAUGGGCUGAGUUCUUUCAAUCUCAUUCCUUCGCUGACAUCCUGAAGCUGCACAGAAAACUGAAAUAUGAAUGGCAAAGAAACACUCACGCCUGCUACACGAGGAAACCAACAACAAAAUUGCUUACCAAGUCCAUUAGCCUCUGACGUCUUCAUAAUUUUUAGUUUCUUCACAGACAUAAUGAACAUCCUGAAAGAACAUGGAAGACCAGUCAACUGUGUGAAUAAAUGGCUUGCUCUCAUGUCGUUUUGUUCCUAAGCAGAGGUGGUUCUACACAAAUACCUUUACCCAUAUGCAUAUUACAAACAAAGAUACAAAACCAAUUUCCCUAAUCAAGACAGCUCUUUCAAUUACCAAAAUUAUCUUGGUACAUUUGUACUUAAAGUAACCUGCCCAAAAAUACUACCCAUCCACAACCCCUUGGCUGGUUAGCUCCUUUUGUUUUAAGAGAGAUACCACCUAUAACCUCUGCUCAAAAAAUAUACUAAUCAACCAAACAGAAGUACCAAAGGCAAGCAGUUUGAACCCCUUGUUAUCUUUUUCAUAGAUACAGAGUAUAACUUAAUCUUGCAAACAAAAGGAAGCAGCUCAUACUAUCCAAAAUUAGAAGUCCCAAAGGUAUUUGAAAACAGAAUAAAAUCCAUUUAUUAGUGUAGUUGAAUUAUAAUGAUGUAAAAGUUCAGAUGCAAACACAUACUCCCAAGGAACAUCUCCAACAAGCAUCCAAUCUCCAUCUUUGUCUUCAUAGGUCAGGACGAAAUCAGAUGCUUCAUCCAACAACCUUAAAGACACUGCUGUUUCUUUAAUUCCACCCUGCUCCUUUGUGCAAGAUG